AUGGCAUCACAACUAUCCGAUGAGGCUAGCAGCCAGACAGCUGGGGUCUCGUUAGCAGAACUACCAAAGUCGAAUGUCUUUACCUCUAAGCUUCCUCCAGACCCGGCCUUUGAAACGCCCGAGUCGUCCCAUAAUGCACCUCGAGAGACCUUGGGUCCACGCCUCGUAAAAGGGGCCAUGUACACGUUUGUUCGGCCAGAAAGGGCAGAAGAACCGGAGCUACUUGGUGUGAGCCCAAAGGCAAUGGAAGAUAUAGGCCUGAGGCCUGGAGAGGAGCAGACGCCGGACUUUAAGGCGCUAGUCGCCGGAAAUAAGAUAUUCUGGAGUGAGGAAGACGGAGGAGUUUAUCCUUGGGCACAAUGCUAUGGAGUGGUUCCUGGGCAGGCCAACUUGGAGACGGGGCCCGUUCUGACAGUGCCACAGCGUGCUAUUAGCCUGUUUGAAGCCAUCAACCCUAGGACUAAAGUCCGCUACGAACUACAACUGAAAGGUGCGGGGAGGACACCAUACUCGCGAUUUGCAGAUGGGAAGGCUGUUCUUCGAUCAAGCAUUCGUGAAUACAUAGUCUCUGAAGCUCUCCAUGCUCUUGGUGUGCCGACCACCCGGGCUCUUUCUCUUACUUUGCUCCCUAAGUCCAAAGUUCUGAGAGAGAGGAUCGAACCGGGUGCUAUCGUAGCAAGAUUUGCCGAGAGCUGGCUCAGGAUUGGUUCUUUUGAUAUACUGCAUGCACGCAAUGAUCGAGACCUGAUUCGGAAGCUCGCGACUUUUAUAGCUGAAGAUGUCUUCCCGGGGUGGGAGUCCCUUCCAGGAUGGGUGCCUUUGACGAAAGAGGGUGCUUCUGCAGAUGAAGUAGUUAACCCAGUCAGAGGUGUUCCACCAGAAGAAAUUCAGGGGAAAGAAGGAGCAGAGGAAAAUCGAUUUUCAAGAUUAUAUCGCGAGAUUGUCCGAAGGAACGCUAAGACUGUAGCUGCGUGGCAAGCGUAUGGCUUCAUGAAUGGGGUUCUGAACACGGACAAUACGUCAAUAUAUGGGUUGUCACUUGAUUACGGCCCAUUUGCAUUCAUGGACAACUUUGACCCUCGUUAUACGCCGAACCAUGAUGAUCACCUGCUCAGGUAUUCAUACAAGAAUCAGCCUUCUAUCAUUUGGUGGAAUCUUGUGAGGCUUGGAGAAGCCUUGGGCGAGCUCAUUGGCGCCGGUGACAAGGUAGACGACGAAACAUUUAUUGCCAAGGGCGUGACCGAAGAUUAUGGCCCGAUUCUUAUCAAACGUGCUGAAACGAUAAUUGAAAGAACUGGAGAAGAGUACAAGACGGUAUUUCUGAACGAAUACAAGAGACUAAUGAGCCUACGGUUGGGCCUGCAGACACAGAAGGACUCCGACCUUGAGAAACUUUUCUCUGAGUUACUUGACACUCUGGAGAAGUUAGAGCUUGAUUUUAAUCACUUUUUCAGAAGGCUUUCAGAGGUAGCGUUGAACGAUAUCGAGACUGAAGAACAAAGGAAGAAUGUUGCCCCCAUUUUCUUCCACAGUGAGGGAGUUGGUGGGAUUGGGAAUACAGAAGACUCUGCCAAGGAACGCAUUGGCAAAUGGCUAGAAAGCUGGAGAAAUCGCGUCCUUGAAGACUGGGGUCCGGGCAAGGAUACGGAGAGACAGGAAGCGAUGAAAAGAGUUAAUCCGAAGUUUCUGCCACGGUCUUGGAUUCUGGACGAGGUUAUCGAGCGAGUUGAACGCAAAGGAGACCGAGAGAUCCUUGGUCGGGUUAUGCACAUGGCCCUUAACCCAUUUCAGGACAAAUGGGACUUGAACAGAGAAGAAGAGGAACGAUUCUGUGGGGAUGUCCCUCGAUUCAAGAGAGCAAUGAUGUGCACUUGCAGUUCUUAG